AUGGCGAAGAAACAGAGCAAUGUGAGCCGCCGGGCAUGGAACAUCCUCCGCCUGGCAUUGCUCUGGGCGCGAAAAGGCGGCGUCUUCAAGAGACGGCUGGUGAUGGAUCUCCGUCUGGUCCCCAAGUUCAUCAAGAGCAUGGCGCCCGCUUCUUCUUCUUCUUCCUCUGGCCCCCGAAUUGGCUUCUACGGCGAAAGGGAGCUCUCUUUCGACAAGACUCCUCUGUUCCAGGUCAAGAUGCACCGCCCUGCAUCCAUGCGCUUCAUCAUUCCUUGCAUUACUCCGAACCAGGCCGACUUCGAGGACUGCAAUGUCGAUGGUUAUGAAAAUGGCGCUUUCUACGACGACGAGCCUUGCACAAGUGGAAGGGAGAUUAGCAGGUGCAGCGACGACAUUGUUGUUGUUGAUGAUGAAGAAGCCUACGACGAAGAGCAAUAUUCCGACGAUGAUUGCUCAUCGGUGGAGGAAGAAGCAGAAGGGAUAGACUCCAGAGCUGACAAGUUCAUAGCUCAGUUCUAUGAACAAAUGAAGCUUCAGAGACAGGUUUCAUACCUAGAGUACCACAAGAAAUGA